UUUUCACCCCAAAAUUUCCCCCACCAUCGCUCCGAAAGUCGAACCUAGCCACGCUUGAAAAUAUGACUUGACAACAUCUUCCACUGAAAACACACCCUCAGUCUCCUUCGUAUACCUCAUAAUGACCGAUUCAAGGAAAGUGGGCGUGCUUGGCGGCGGCCAACUGGGCCGCAUGCUCAUUGAAGCCGCAAAUCGCUUGAAUAUCCAGGUCAACGUCCUCGAUGCAGCAGCUUCACCGGCAAAGCAAAUAUCAGCACACGAUGAUCAUAUUGAGGGCUCAUUCAAAGAUGCUGCGGCUGUCAAAAAGCUGGCGCAAAAUUGCGACGUCGUCACGGUGGAGAUUGAGCACGUGGACACGCACAUGCUAGAAGAGGUGUCCGGAGAGGUACACGUUGAGCCCAGCUGGAAGACGCUCCGGACCAUCAAGGACAAGUUUGCGCAGAAAGAGUAUCUGAAAGAGCAUGGCGUUGACGUCGCAGAGAGCGUGGAUUUGGAGGGGAAGGGUGCUGAGGGGCUGAGAGAGGUGGGCAACACGUUCGGGUAUCCGUUCAUGCUUAAGAGCAAGACGGAAGCGUAUGAUGGCAGAGGAAACUUUGUGGUCAAGGAUGAGGGAGAUGCCGAUGCCGCAAUGAAGGCGCUGGGCAAUCGGCCGCUGUAUGCGGAGCGCUGGGCGGAUUUCAGGAUGGAGCUUGCGGUCAUGGUGGUCAAGACCAAGGAUGGGGUCCUUACAUUCCCUACUGUCGAGACGAUACACGAGGACUCUAUCUGCAAGCUUACAUACGCUCCGCCGAGAAACGUGUCGAAGGAGACGGCGGGGAGAGCACGGGAGCUAGCAAAGAAGGCUAUCGGAGCGUUUGAGGGCAAGGGCGUCUUCGGCGUUGAGAUGUUCCUUCUCAAGGACGACACCCUUUUGGUCAACGAGAUCGCGCCGCGUCCGCACAAUUCGGGACACUAUACUAUCGAAGCCUGCCCGCUAUCGCAGUAUGAUGCACAUCUACGGGCCAUCCUCGACCUUCCCAUCCCGGAAGCUGGCCUACGUCUUCGUGAACCAGCAAUCAUGCUCAACAUUCUCGGCGGACAAAAGACAGAUUCGCACGUACAAGUCGCAAACAAAGCUCUCGAAUCGCCUAAUGCGUCGAUUCACCUUUACGGCAAAGGUGAUGCUCGCCCAGGUCGCAAAAUGGGCCACAUCACGGUCACGGCUCCAACCUUGGGUGAAGCUGAGCGCGAAAUCCAGCCUCUGAUCGACUUCGUCGACGACCUCAAGGGUAAGCCACUCGGCCCGCGCAACGUGGCCGAGGAAGAGCCUCUCGUAGCCGUGAUAAUGGGCUCCGACUCCGAUCUCCCUGUCGUCAAGGCCGGCCUCCAGAUCCUCGAGAAACUCAAGGUCCCCUUCACGACACGCAUCACCUCGGCUCAUCGAACGCCCGACUGGCUCCGCGAGUUCUCAAAGUCCGCAGGUGACACCAGCAUCCGCGUUAUCAUCGGUGCUGCAGGGGGUGCAGCUCAUCUGCCCGGCAUGUGCGCGUCCUGGACGCAACUCCCCGUCAUCGGCCUGCCAGUAAAGGCAACGCAUCUCGACGGCCAGGAUAGCUUGUGGAGCAUGACGCAGAUGCCGAGGGGCGAACCGGUUGCUACGGUCGGUAUCAAUAACUCGACGAAUGCGGCGCUGCUCGCUGUGAGGAUCAUCGGGGCUACGGAUCUAGAUGUCAGGGAGAGGUUGAGGGUUUGGAUGGAGGGCAAUGAGAAGGAGGUGCUGAGGAAGGAUAGGCAGUUGUUGGAGCAGGGGUAUGAGUCUUAUUUGAAAAGUAUGGGGAAGUAGAGAUCCGGGAUACGACGGUGGCAAGGUACGGUCUAUGCGAGGGUUGGAAAUGGCCUGGAAUGAAAGCGGCUGAGCGUCUCAAAGGGGACGAAUCCAUCUCCGGGGCAAAGGUCAGGGCUCUGUAUCCAUACACUGCAUGGAAAAGUAUGAUUUAGGUUCACAUCCCAG